CAAGAAGCGGGAGCAAAAAUGAUAAUGUUUAUAUGAGCUCGGCAAAGUGAUAUUGAAUAUUGAAGGAGGUGAAACAUACUGGGGGGUUCGUUCUCAAGGCCAUAUUUCUCGUGUUUUGUUGCAACUGUCUUUGUACUCUUAUUGCUUUUCGAAAUUCGACCUCUUGUACCACUUAGCUAAACUGUGUGUUCAAUUAUCACGUACAUUCUUGGCGAACGCAGUUAUUUUUCAAUUUUAUUUCAUCGUCUUCGUUACAUGUUUGAUUUGAUUUAGUACACCUCAUGGAUCUCACACUACCAAACAAAGAGCUCUAUGGGAUUGAGUUCCCAGCUGUAGUGAAGAACGUUGACACCGCUAUUGAAAUGCUUGGUGGACUGUCUCAAAUAUCUGAGGUAUUUGCAGAGGAAAAGCGACGUUUGAAUCUAUCGUUUCGCCCUCAUAUGUUGUAUGCUAAACCUGCCUGUGGAGAUGGUCGAUCGGCUAACGCUUUUGUUAUUCGUGUUCAGCGCUGUAGAAACAAAAAGACGGGAGAAAUUAAGCUUUUUUCAGUAAUUUUAGGACGAGUUACUCGGGUCUAUAAGUUUGAAGCAAUGGCCGAUUUUCAGUUUGGUCCAUAUGAGCGUGUUCCCACCUCAGCGAAAAAUAACAAACCUGAAUCAACUGAUACGAACUACAAAAUAUUUUACAAUGACCUUAUAAUCAAGGAACCCACAACAAUGAUUGAUGAGUAUUUAUCCCGUGAUAUGCCGCUUUAUUUACCACCAGUACUGUUUAGCCGUCAAGAUACUCCAAGUGUUUAUAAUUUCGCACCUCGUUAUCGUACAACUGAGUAUAUUCAACUUGAAGAAAAAGGUCAUAAACUUCCAGUGUCAAGGAAAGCUCGACCGAAUUUUGGAUACCUUAUAAACUUGGACGAUAAAGCUCCCGCAUCUCCAAGGCCAGGAGCAGUACAACGUGUAUUAAAUCUUGGACCAGCUGCAGUACCAGUAAAAGAAGGGAUUCAAAAACUUUUUGAUGAAAGACCAGUUUGGAUGCGCCCAGCUUUGGCAUAUCAUAUGCCUGCAGAUACACGGUUGGUUUACUUCACCCAAGUACUUCCUUCUUUAGCCUACUACAUGGUUCGUGGACCAUGGAGUCGGGCCUGGGUUCGUUAUGGUUAUGAUCCUCGCAAAGAUCCUGAAGCCCGUUAUUAUCAGGUAAUUGAUUUUCGAGUGCAAGCUUACAUGGUAGUACGCAAAUUAUUAUGCCAUUCAUCAGCUAAGAAACGUAUGCUUUCCACGGAUGCAACUAAACGAUUCUUAUCUGAUUGCCGCAAGUCUUAUGAAUCUGUACGUCCCAGAGAAGACAGUUUUAUUGAUGAAAUUUUGAAUGGUACCAAGAAAAUCCCUCAAGAAGAAAAUGUAGAUUCUGAUGAAGAAGAUGAACUGGAUCCAACUGAGGAUGUCGAAGAGGAGGAGGAUGAAGAUAAAAUACAGAAAACAUUAAACAAGUGUACAGAUUAUCAUUUUGGACCGAAUAAUUGGCCAACUACGCAUCAAGUUCGUUAUUGUCUCAUGGAUAUAGAUAUUCCUGAGGUGCAGGAUUUGUUGAAAGAGGUGCCUAAGCGAACUGAAAUUGAUCCAGUCGAUGGUUGGCUACCAUCUGGAAGUAUUAAACGUAUCCGGGAUCUCUUAGGACAGUAUUUAAAGAAGUGGAUAUCUGAAUCCAGUGCAACACAUAGCGACAAUGUCGGCGAAUGAUUAUAACAUGCUUCAGUUUUAAUCACUUUGCAUUUUCUUGCUUUCCGAUUAAAUAAACAUUAAAGCUAGAGAAAGAGAUAUCGACACUUUAAUUGUAAAUAUUGAACUUUUUUUAGCUAUUGUACCCAUGUUUUUUUUUUACUUUCUCCUUCAGACACUGAUUUCAGUAUCCCUUUAUUCUUCAAUUUAUGUGACUUUUUGUCCGUAAUGAUCUCAUCAUUUUCUUCUUCAUUAUUCAGUCAAUACUCAUUCAUUCAUCAUUCUGUUUUUGUAACUUUGAGAUAGAAAAUAAGAUAUUAUGCAUA